CGCUUUCCGAAUAAUAACUCGUUGUGUCCCGCUUGUGCAGCCCGUUUCCUGCGACGCGAUGGUCCUGGCCAAAAGUCCGCCACAGCCCUGAGAGAGUCAUAACCCUCCAUUUCCUUUCUUAGCCUCGGCUGCUCCCACUGUGCAUUCCGCCUUUCACCCGCAUUAUAGCACUCACCCCUUUUCUACCCUGAGCGUGAGAAAAUGGAAAAAGGUUGCAAUAUUAUCUAAUGUUCCAUCUAUUCGUUACCCUACCAGCCAAGGCCGUGAUGACAGAAACUUUGGGACAAAAUUAGGUCGGCGCCGUCGUAUACCCCGCACCCAUUGGAGUAUUAUCACAAGAAAAGAGAGAGAAAGAAAUGGAUCUGCGGAUUCCAGAUACUAUCGCCUUCGCGGAAGAGGUCGCUGUCGGCUUCACACAGUUUCGUGCUCAUCUUCCAGAAUACAGUGCAGAGAUUACAAAUUUGAUCGCCAACCUUUAUGCCACCAGCGCAACCCUCACAUCCCUGGAAGGACUAACCAGACAAUUUCCUCGUAACUAUGCUCGUAUUAAACCGGAUUUGCAAUUGCUGCUUGCCAGCCUGUGCUACACGCUGGAUGAGAUAACAACAUCCUUUAAGAAGCUCGACAGGAAGCGUCUGGACAGCUAUCGAUAUGUGUGGCUUGAUUUGGACUCAUACUUCCGUGAAGAAAGUAGCUAUACGUUGAAGAGACGGCUUACCAGAUAUAAAAUGUUCCUACAAGAGCUAGAAGAUAUGAUGCAAAAUAAGGCGCCAAAUGCUCACUUCAUGGCUGAACUGCGUAGCAGUUUGACCACACUUCUGUCUGAGCAAGAUGGCCGUCUGGCAGCACGUCUGGCAGGUUUCUCGAUCGGUCGACCAGACUCUUCUGUAAGUAGCAGCCUGGAUCCUGGAAGUCCUAUAGAGCACCAUGGCCCUGGGAAACGUCGGUCGUAUGAACGAGCACGACCCGGUGUUGGCCCAUCUCAUUUCCCACCGAUUUCUCCGACAUCAUCAUCUCAAGGGGCCGCCCCGCCAUGGGUGCCUGAGGUGCCAAGUUCACCGACGUCGACGACUACAGCAACAACGAUGUCUAACCUCUCAUCGGCGGUUUUGAAUGAUCACUGGGCAAGGGAUAUCUUUGCGGAUGACACUUUUAGCACCCCGAUUCCUGCUGAUGGUGAGAGUUCAAAAUGCCUCGGCGAAGAUGUAGAGGAUAUUAAAGAGUGGCUCCAUACCGAGGGGUUUGAUGAGGUGGCCUAUCUGUCUUUCAAUGAAGAUAGCUCCAAUCUUUCCGUCUCUUUCUACGUUAGAGAGGAUGAUAACCGCGCACGAAUACUGUGCAAGGUGCAGAGAACUAGACGCUCGAGUAAAUACUGCUGUCUUCCUCUUAACAUGCUGGAAGUGAGACGAGUUGGGUCGUGUUUGCAAUUUUGUCGAAGACGAAACUCUGGAACAAAGCUGAUUCCAUGGCUCAAUCUAAAUUUUCGCACCAUCGAGAAGAUGGUGACUUUUUUCUGUACCUUUCUCGCAUUGCGGUCGCAAGAUUCCCGUCGACAAGUGCAUAACCUUCGGGAUUACGAGCUACACGCUGAAAAGGAGAAAUUCGGAGGCCUUAUCGUUGAUGACAGUUAUCUUCACGCUUUACGUAUUUACAAAGACCGCAUUUCUGGCUCCAUCAGAUUACAGGCGUCUAUCCACCAAGGCGAAAUGGAAAGAGCGCCUGUAUGGACGGCUUUUAUAACACCAUAUAUCGAAUCUUCGUUCUGGGCUCGUCGAAUUGGCAAGAGGGUCGUUCUACGCGACUUACGAAGGAUUAUUCUUUACCCCGAAUACACUCCACCGAGAACAUCUCGUGGUGAACAUAUUUUGAAGUUCACAUCCGAAGCUGAUGCCGAAGACUUUAUUGCGGUCAUCGAUAAGCUCGCUUUGACUGAUUAAUCACCGUCUCGUCGGAUACAUGCACUUCAACGAAAACAAAAUAAUCUUCGAAUUGUUUAAUCCCAAUAUUACGUUAAAACGACCAGUAAUGAAUCAUGAGAUAUGAUACUACGAUUGAUACCCUGCUUUUUCUGAUGUUGUGGAUUUUUUUCCCUAUAUUCACGACUUUAUAGUCAAGGAUGGCCUAGUUACUAUAAUUUACU